AAGCCCCCUUGGCAAUUGGCCCUAAUAUAGAUUAAAUUUCUUUUGGUAACACUUCUGUUUCUCUUGGCUCAGUUUGCUGUCGCAUCCCCAGGCUGACGCCUGCGGAGCAGAAUGAGCAGGGACCUCAGAGGCAGGGGAUGUGUCCGCGGGAGAGGCUUUCAGGGGUGGCGAGCAGGAUGGCGAGGCGGAUGGCGAGGCAGAGGACACAGGGGAGAGUGGAGAAGAGUGCCUGAGCCUGUAAAAUCUCGACUAGUUCAAUCAACGUUGGACCAAUUUAUUCCCUAUAAAGGCUGGAAACUUUACUUCUCAGAAGCUUAUGCUGACAAGUCUCCUUUUGUCCAGAAGACUCAAGCCUUUGAAAAGUUUUUCAUGCAACGCAUUGAGCUUUAUGAUAAGGAUGAAAUAGAAAGAAAAGGAAGUAUUCUUGUGGACUAUAAAGAACUGAUACAAGACAAAGAAUUGACUAAAUCAAUACCAAACUUAUCUACUGAGUUAAGGGACAUGCCUCAGAAGAUACUGCAAUGUAUGGGUCUGGCAAUUCACCAGGUGCUAACAAAGGACCUUGAAAGGCAUGCUGCAGAGCUGCAGGUGCAGGAAGGAUUACCACUUGAAGGAGAACCUAUAAUAAAUGUGCCUCUCAUUCAUGCUAGGGUGUACAACUAUGAUCCGCUAACUCAGCUGAAAAACGUUCGAGCCAACUGCUAUGGGAAAUACAUUGCCUUGCGUGGCACUGUUGUGCGUGUCAGUAACAUUAAGCCUCUGUGCACUAAGCUGGCUUUUGUAUGUGGCACAUGUGGAGAUGUUCAGAGUGUUCCUCUACCUGAUGGAAAGUAUACCCUUCCAACUAAGUGCCUUAUUCCUGAGUGCCGGGGCCGAUCUUUCACAGCUGACAGAAGCUCUCCUUUAACCACUACAGUGGACUGGCAGUCUGUUAAGGUGCAGGAGCUCAUGGCAGAUGAUCAGCAAGAGGCAGGGCGAAUCCCUCGCACAAUUGAAUGUGAACUGGUUCAAGAUCUUGUGGACAGCUGUGUCCCGGGAGAUGUGGUCACUGUUACAGGGAUAGUAAAAGUGUCAAGCACUGAGGAAGGAGCUUCUAAAAGUAAGACUGACAAGUGUAUGUUCUUGUUGUACAUCGAGGCCAAUUCUGUCAGCAACAGUAAAGGACAAAAAACAAAGAGUUUUGAUGAUGAGGCUUUUCAGAGAUCGUUCAUGGAAUUCUCACUUAAAGACCUUUAUGCUGUUCAAGAAAUUCAAGCUGAGGAAAACCUGUUCAGGCUCAUUGUGAACUCUCUUUGUCCUGCAAUUUAUGGCCAUGAGAUUGUAAAGGCAGGUUUGGCCCUGGCAUUAUUUGGAGGAUGUCAGAAGUUUGUAGAUGACAAGAAUAGAAUCCCAGUGCGAGGAGAUCCACAUGUUCUGGUUGUUGGAGAUCCAGGAUUGGGAAAAAGUCAAAUGUUGCAAGCAGUGUGCAAUGUUGCUCCUCGAGGUGUGUAUGUUUGUGGUAACACUUCCACCAGCUCUGGCCUGACUGUUACACUGUCUAGAGAUGGCGCUACUGGAGAUUUUGCCUUAGAAGCUGGCGCUUUAGUGCUUGGAGAUCAAGGAAUUUGUGGAAUAGAUGAAUUUGAUAAGAUGGGAAACCAGCAUCAGGCUUUGUUGGAAGCCAUGGAACAGCAAAGCAUCAGCCUUGCCAAAGCUGGCAUUGUUUGCAGCCUGCCAGCUCGAACAUCUAUUGUUGCUGCAGCAAACCCAGUUGGAGGACAUUAUAACAAAGCCAAAACUGUGUCUGAGAACUUAAAAAUGGGGAGUGCUUUGCUGUCGAGAUUUGAUCUAGUUUUCAUUUUGCUGGAUACCCCAAAUGAAGACCACGAUCACUUGCUGUCUGAGCACGUGAUGGCAAUUCGUGCUGGAAAGCAGGCAAUGUGCAGCAGCGCUGUUGUGACUCGCACCAACACACAGGAUCGCUCUAUCCUUGAAGCCACUUCAGAUCGACCCCUGCUGGAAAGACUAAAGAUUUUACCAGGAGAAAACUUUGAUGCCAUUCCACAUCAGCUGCUGAGGAAGUACAUUGGAUAUGCUCGGCAGUACGUUCACCCAAAUUUAUCUUCAGAAGCUGCUCAGGUCCUCCAGGAAUUCUACCUUGAGCUCCGGAAACAGAACCAAGGAGCAGACAGCACCCCAAUCACCACAAGGCAGCUAGAGUCACUGAUACGACUUACUGAGGCACGAUCAAGACUGGAAUUAAGAGAGAAAUCUACCAAGGAAGAUGCUGAGGAUGUAAUAGAAAUAAUGAAAUACAGCAUGCUGGGAACCUACUCUGAUGAGUUUGGAAAACUGGACUUCGAGCGUUCACAGCAUGGGUCUGGGAUGAGCAAUCGGUCACAAGCAAAAAGAUUUGUUUCUGCCCUUAACAGUAUUGCAGAGAGAACUUACAACAAUCUCUUUGACUUGCAACAGCUUCGGCAGAUUGCAAAGGAGCUGCAGAUCCGGGUAUCUGAUUUUGAAAGCUUUAUUGGAUCCCUAAAUGAUCAGGGUUAUCUUUUGAAAAAAGGCUCAAGAAUUUAUCAGCUUCAGACUAUGUGAAAACAGCCACAGUGCAAAGCUUUGAGAGACCUAAUCAUUGCACCUGGAAUGGACUUGAUGGCCCUGCAGCAAUGAAGCACACUGAGCUGCAGCCUAGCACAGCAGUCAAGGCACUGCUGGCACUGUUGCUUACUGAGGUGUGAGAUCACCUUUCAGAAACUAAGAGUGCCCACAGGGUGCUGUAGUACGAACAGACACCUGGUGUUGCUGCUUGACAGAUCUUAGGUCUGCUCCAGGGUGUGAGAUUGGGUAAGACCAACACGUGCUUCAUCAUCCAUGAGGGGGGAGUGUGUUUUGUAUUGACAUGAUUGCAGUACUGUAACAGAUUUUACUUUACAACAAACAUUGGACCCACAACAUUAUCACAAGAACACAAGAGUUAUAUUUUUAACACCGUAGCUCAUUAGAAGAAUUUUAAAUAUGGAAAUAUUGUCCAAAAGUUGGGAACCUUCAUAUUGAGACAACACAGUUUUGUUGCUUUUAAGAAAUGCUGCCUUAUUGAAACUGACCUGAUUUUCUGUUUGGCAGCUCUGUAUUUGUUGCUCUUUGUAGAUGAUAUUUUCAUUUGAAAUGUAAGUCUGAUAUAAGAAAAUAUCUUUAUUACCCUAUUUAAUUUGUAAAAUGGCAUUUGGCUUUUAUUUAUGUCUUUCAUUAAACUUUAUGAGAAAUCUGUGUUUUGUUUUUGUGUCACCCAGUGACAGUGAAUGCUGGUGUAGGUGUCAUGGGAACAUGUUAUUUAUGUUUCUGUGUCAUGGAAACAUAAAUAACAUU